UGCAGCCUGGGAGUCGCGCGGGGCGGGGCCGCGUGCGCGGGGUAGGGGCGCGCGGGCCGGAGCUGACUGGGACGCGGCGGCGGUUGGCUGUGGCUGCUGAGAGUCCAGCCAGGACGCUGAGACGCGGCUGCGAAGGAACCCUCUGGCACCAGCAGAGGCAGCGACACCGGUUGAGGCGGCGGUGCAACGCGUGCUGGGCGGGUGCGGCGGGGGAUGUGCCUGCCCAGGCCGGGCGGAGUCUCUCUGACAGGGCGGGGGAUGCGCGGCGGCCGCUCGCCUGGACCCUAAAGCAGCUGGGCCCACCCUCCCGGAACCGUCCGACCCUCGGUGGUCUCGGUCUCUGCUGUCUCCUCCGGCCUGACCCUGGGGCCGAGGCUGGGAGGCGGCUUCCGCCGAAGAGGAGGGGGCUGCGGUGGCCACCGCGGCGGAGCCCGAGUUCUUUUGCCAUGAAAAUGAUUUGCGCAGUCCUGAACACAUACCAUCCAUGCUGAUGGGACAGGAUCCAAUAUGAAUAUAAAUGAUGGAGGAAGACGACGCUUUGAGGAUAACGAACAUACCUUACGUAUAUAUCCUGGGACAAUUUCAGAAGGGACAAUCUACUGUCCAAUUCCUGCCAGAAAAAACUCCACGGCUGCUGAGGUGAUUGACUCACUUAUAAACAAGCUUCAUCUUGACAAAACAAAAUGUUACGUUCUAGCAGAGGUGAAAGAAUUUGGUGGAGAAGAAUGGAUACUCAAUCCAACAGACUGUCCUGUUCAGCGAAUGAUGUUAUGGCCCCGCAUGGCUCUGGAAAAUCGCCUGAGUGGAGAGGACUACCGUUUCCUUCUGAGAGAAAAAAACCUUGAUGGAUCAAUUCAUUAUGGUAGUCUUCAGUCAUGGCUACGGGUAACAGAAGAACGUCGCAGGAUGAUGGAACGGGGUUUUCUUCCACAGCCUCAACAGAAGGACUUUGACGAUUUAUGUAGCUUACCUGAUUUGAACGAGAAAACUCUCUUAGAAAACCUACGAAAUCGCUUUAAGCAUGAAAAGAUUUAUACCUAUGUUGGCAGUAUUCUAAUAGCUAUUAACCCAUUCAAGUUUCUUCCUAUUUAUAACCCCAAAUAUGUCAAAAUGUAUGAUAACCAUCAAUUGGGAAAACUUGAGCCUCACAUUUAUGCUGUGGCUGAUGUAGCUUAUCAUGCCAUGCUUCAGCGCAAAAAGAAUCAGUGCAUCGUUAUUUCAGGAGAGAGCGGUUCUGGAAAGACUCAAAGCACAAAUUUUCUUAUUCAUCACCUCACUGCCCUGAGUCAGAAAGGAUUUGCCAGUGGAGUGGAACAAAUCAUUCUUGGCGCUGGACCAGUACUUGAGGCCUUUGGAAAUGCAAAGACAGCUCAUAAUAACAAUUCAAGUCGUUUUGGCAAGUUUAUUCAAGUAAAUUACCAAGAAACAGGCACUGUACUUGGUGCCUAUGUUGAAAAGUAUCUACUGGAGAAGUCUAGACUCGUUUAUCAAGAACAUAAUGAACGGAACUAUCAUGUAUUCUAUUACCUUCUGGCAGGAGCAAGUGAAGAAGAGAGAGUAGCAUUCCAUCUUAAACAACCAGAAGAAUAUCAUUAUCUCAAUCAGAUAACAAAGAAACCCCUCAGACAGAGCUGGGAUGAUUAUUGCUUUGACUCUGAGCCGGAUUGCUUCACCGUGGAGGGGGAAGAUUUGAAGCAUGACUUUGAACGCUUACAACUAGCCAUGGAAAUGGUAGGAUUUCUUCCCAAGACACGGAGACAGAUUUUCUCUCUUCUCUCAGCAAUACUACAUUUGGGUAAUAUCUGUUAUAAAAAGAAGACAUACCGGGAUGACUCCAUAGAUAUCUGUAAUCCUGAAGUUCUGCCUGUUGUCUCAGAGUUAUUAGAAGUUAAAGAAGAGAUGCUAUUCGAAGCACUAGUUACAAGGAAGACUGUGACAGUGGGAGAAAAGCUUAUUUUACCAUACAAACUGGCAGAGGCUGUGACAGUGAGGAACUCUAUGGCUAAGUCUUUAUAUAGUGCCCUGUUUGACUGGAUCGUUUUUCGGAUUAAUCAUGCACUUAUGAAUAGUAAAGAUUUGGAGCAAAAUACCAAGACUUUGUCCAUUGGUGUUCUUGAUAUUUUUGGGUUUGAAGAUUAUGAAAAUAAUAGCUUUGAACAGUUCUGUAUUAAUUUUGCUAAUGAACGUUUACAACACUACUUUAAUCAGCAUAUCUUUAAACUGGAGCAAGAGGAAUAUAGAACUGAAGGUAUCAGCUGGCACAAUAUAGACUAUAUUGAUAAUACCUGUUGCAUAAAUCUUAUUAGCAAGAAACCAACAGGCCUGCUCCAUCUUUUGGAUGAAGAAAGCAAUUUUCCACAGGCUACAAAUCAAACCCUGCUGGACAAGUUUAAGCACCAACAUGAAGAGAAUUCUUACAUUGAAUUUCCAGCUGUGAUGGAGCCUGCUUUCAUCAUAAAGCAUUAUGCCGGGAAAGUAAAAUAUGGGGUAAAGGAUUUCCGGGAAAAAAAUACAGAUCAUAUGCGUCCUGACAUUGUAGCUCUUCUGAGAAGUAGCAAGAAUGCAUUUAUCUCUGGGAUGAUUGGAAUUGAUCCUGUAGCUAUUUUCCGAUGGUCAGUUCUCCGAGCUUUUUUUAGAGCCGUGGUUGCUUUCAGGGAAGCUGGGAAAAGACACAUUCAGAGAAAAACUGGACAUGAUGAUACAGCGCCAUGUGCAGUUUUGAAAAGUAUGGAUAGUAUUAGCUUUCUCCAACACCCAGUCCACCAGAGGAGCUUAGAGAUUCUACAGAGGUGCAAGGAAGAGAAGUACAGUAUAACUCGGAAAAAUCCCAGAACACCUCUUUCUGAUCUCCAGGGCAUGAAUACUCUAAAUGAAAAAAACCAACAUGAAACAUUUGAUUUUGCCUGGAAUGGCAGAACUGGGAUUCGCCAGAGUAAACUAUCAAGUAAUACCUCCUUGCUUGAUAAAGAUGGGAUAUUCGCUAAUUCAGCUAGCAGCAAACUCUUGGAGAGAGCCCAUGGGAUUCUCACGAGAAACAAAAAUUUCAAAUCCAAACCUGGGCUUCCAAAGCAUUUGCUAGAAGUAAAGUCUUUAAAGCAUCUGACAAGAUUGACCCUACAGGAUCGCAUUACCAAGUCUCUUCUUCAUUUGCACAAGAAGAAGAAACCUCCCAGCAUCAGUGCCCAGUUUCAGGCGUCAUUAAGCAAACUGAUGGAAACACUUGGUCAAGCAGAACCAUAUUUUGUAAAGUGCAUUCGCUCUAAUGCUGAAAAGUUACCGUUAAGGUUCAAUGAUGCCUUGGUGCUUAGACAGCUUCGGUACACUGGGAUGCUGGAGACAGUUCGAAUUCGCCAGUCAGGAUACAGCUGCAAAUAUUCUUUCCAGGAUUUUGUGAGCCAUUUCCAUGUACUUCUUCCCCGAAAUAUUAUUCCAUCCAAAUUUAACAUUCAGGAUUUCUUCAGGAAAAUAAAUCUUAAUCCAGAUAAUUAUCAAGUUGGAAAAUCCAUGGUGUUCCUAAAGGAGCAGGAACGACAACACCUACAGGAUCUGCUUCACCAAGAGGUGCUCCGCAGGAUCAUAUUGCUGCAGCGAUGGUUCAGGGUCUUGCUAUGUAGGCAGCAUUUCCUCCAUCUGAGACAGGCAUCUAUUGUCAUCCAGCAAUUCUGGAGGAAUUACGUACAUCAGAAGCAAGUCAGAGAUGCAGCUGUGCAGAAAGAUGCUUUACUUAUGGCAAGUGCAGCCACUCUUCUGCAAGCUUCCUGGCGUGCUCACUUACAGAGGCAGCGGUAUUUGGAGCUGCGGACUGCCGCCAUCGUCAUCCAGCAGAGAUGGAGGGAACACUGUCGGCGGAGGCACUUGGCUGCUAUCUGUAUACAGGCAAGAUGGAAAGGCUACAGGGAGUGUAAGAGGUAUCAAGAACAAAGGAACAAAAUUAUCCUUUUGCAGUCACUGUGUAGAGGAUUCAGAGCAAGACAAAGAUUUAAAUCUCUGAAAGAACAAAGAGUAAAAGAAGCAAAACUAGAACUUGGAUUGUCAAGUAUCAAGCCAUAUGGGACUCUGGAAAUUCACGGUUCAGACCCUUCAAAAUGGGAAGAUUCUUCAUUUGACAGCAGAGUAAAAGCCGUAGAGGAAUGUAAAUCUGUGAUAGAGAGUAAUCGAGUUAGUCAUGAAAGUUCCAUGGACUGCUUGAAUGAGUCCCCAAACAAGCGACAGGAGAGAGCCAGAAGUCAAAGUGGUGUGGACUUGCAGCAAAAUGUGAUUGUAAGAGAAAGACCCAAGUCCUUGGAAGAUCUCCACCAGAAAAAAGUGAGUCGGGCCAAGAGAGAAAGUCGGAGAAUGAGAGAACUAGAGCAAGCUAUAUUUAGCUUAGAAUUGCUAAAAGUCCGUUCUCUUGGUGGUGUGUCUCCUUCAGAAGAGCGUAGAUGGUCUACGGAACUGAUGCCUGAGGGCCUUCAGUCUUUACAGGGCACACCUGAGAGUGAAAGCUCACAAGGAAGCUUGGAACUUCUGAGCUGUGAGGAGAGCCAAAAGAGCAAACCAGAGCCCUUGAUUCUAGAUGAAAGAGACUUGCCGUUUGUGCCCCCUGAGGUAUCUCGCAGUCCCGAUUUUGAUCCACAGGACUAUCCUCUCAGUGCCGCAAGUGAGACUAACCACACAUUGACUCAAAGGGGGUCACCCUCUGACUCAGUGCAUUUAAAGAAUGGGGCUACGAAGGAAAAACUGGUUUGCAGUUCUGAAUCUAUUACCUGUAAACCACAGCUGAGAGACCCCUUUGUUUCAAAUAGUUUGCCUACAUUUUUUUAUAUUCCCCAUCUAGACCCACUGAAAACGAGCUCCCAACUAGACACAAGUGUCCAGAGAAGCAAACUAUUGGAAAGUGAAGAAACGCUUCCAUCUCUUACUUUGGAUAUCAGCAGGGAAGCUGGAAAGUACCACCUCCCAGGAGAAAAUCAGGUUGUUGCUUCUUUGAAUACAGAUUCUUCAAAUGCUGUUCUUAAGAAGUUAGAAAAGUUGAACACUGAGAAGGAAGAAAGGCAAAAGCAAUUGCAGCAGCAGAAUGAAAAAGAGAUGAUGAAACAGAUUCGCCGACAAAAAGAUAUUUUAGAAAAGGAGCGUAAAGCCUUCAAGACAAUUGAAAAGCCAAGAACUGGGGAGAGUUUUCUGAUACCAUCUUUCCAUCAGUCAAAGCAGAGAAUAGAGAGACCAUCCUCUCUAUUCAUCCUGAAAACCCCAAAUAAGGAUGAAGAACCCAGUAUGGCUGGGACUCCGUCAGUAACUAUAAAAGAUUCUGUUCUUGCCCCAAAAGACAGCCCCUCUGCUCACUUACCCUUGAAGGACCGACCUGUCACUCUGUUCUUUGAAAGAAAAGGAGGCCCAGGCCAAUCUCAUACUGUCAAUGAAUUAUCCAAGGCAGACAGAAUGUCCACCCAACUGAAUGUUGCCUGUAAACACUCUCAUAGUCGCAUCUCAAAGAGAGAACACCUUAGGCCGGCUCAGCCUUGUAGCCAUAAAUCUGAUGACCCUUUCAGAGAUGGAACUACUAAGGCCAUUUUUUUCACGCCAAAGGAAAAUAUGAGUAGUUCCAUUGUCACCACGGACGCCUUGAACAGUGGAAAUCCUCAACUCCAGAAACAAGAUGAACCAACUUGGAAACCUGUAAAGUUAACUGGGCCGGCCCAAGGAGAGCAGGUUGCCAGACCGGCCCAUAAAAAGAAAGCUCGAAUGGCGCGGACGCGCUCCGAUUUCUUGACUAGAGGUACUUUUGCCGAUGGGGAGGGGGAUACAGAGGAAGAUGAUUACGAUGACAUUAUUGAGCCCCUUCUCUCCCUUGACCAAGCUUCUCACUCUGAGCUAGGGCCUGCACCCAGCCUGGGUCAGGCCUCUCACAGUGACUCCGAAAUGACAUCACAGCGGUUUUCUUCAGUUGAUGAAGAAGCAAAGCUUCAUAAGACCAUGUCUCAAGGAGAGAUUACGAAGUUGGCAGUGAGACAGAAGGCUUCAGAGUCAGAUAUAAGACCUCAGAGAGCUAAGAUGAGGUUCUGGGCCAAAGGGAAACAAGGGGAGAAGAAGACUACCAGAGUGAAACCUGACACCCACUCAGAGGCUUCAGCACUCUCUGCUGGCUCAGAUAUGAUUCCAGCUCCGCAGUUUCCAGAUGAAUUAUCUCAUAAUCACCCAACACCUCCUUUAAGUCCAGAAUUGCCUGGGAGUUGUCGAAAGGAAUUCAAAGAGAACAAAGAGCCUUCUCCAAAGGCAAGGCGCAAGCGAAGUGUGAAGAUCAGCAGUGUGGCUUUGGAGUCUAUGCACUGGCAAAAUGACUCUGUCCAGAUUAUAGCAAGUGCCAGUGAUUUAAAAAGCAUGGAUGAAUUUCUUCUGAAAAAGAUGAAUGACCUAGAUAAUGAAGACAGCAAGAAAGACACACUAGUGGAUGUUGUAUUCAAGAAAGCCCUGAAAGAAUUUCGGCAGAAUAUCUUCAGCUUUUAUUCGUCUGCGUUGGCGGUAGAUGAUGGGAAAAGCAUACGAUAUAAAGACCUCUACGCACUAUUUGAACAGAUUUUGGAAAAGACCAUGAGGCUUGAGCAGCGAGAUUGGAGUGAGUCUCCAGUCAGAGUUUGGGUUAACACUUUUAAAGUGUUUUUAGAUGAAUAUAUGAAUGAAUUCAAGACUUUGGAAUAUAUACCCACAAAGGUGCCAAAAACAGAGAGAAAGAAAAGAAGGAAAAAAGAAUCUGAUUUAGUAGAAGAGCACAAUGGUCACAUCUUUAAGGCCACCCAGUAUAGCAUCCCUACCUACUGUGAAUACUGUUCUUCUUUGAUAUGGAUCAUGGAUCGAGCCUCUGUUUGCAAAUUGUGCAAGUAUGCUUGUCAUAAGAAGUGCUGUCUGAAAACCACAGCCAAAUGUUCUAAAAAGUAUGAUCCAGAGCUGUCCUCUCGACAGUUUGGGGUUGAAUUGUCCCGUUUGACCAGUGAAGACCGAACUGUUCCUCUGGUGGUGGAAAAGCUCAUAAACUACAUUGAAAUGCAUGGACUGUACACAGAAGGUAUUUACCGGAAGUCUGGUUCAACUAAUAAAAUCAAGGAGCUUCGACAAGGUCUAGAUACAGAUGCUGAGAAUGUAAACCUCGAUGACUAUAACAUACAUGUCAUUGCGAGUGUAUUCAAACAAUGGCUUCGUGAUUUACCCAAUCCACUCAUGACCUUUGAACUCUAUGAGGAAUUUCUUCGAGCUAUGGGCCUUCAGGAGAGGAAAGAGACAAUCCGUGGUGUAUACUCUGUCAUUGACCAGCUCUCCCGAACUCAUCUCAAUACACUGGAACGCCUCAUCUUUCAUCUGGUCAGGAUUGCUCUACAGGAGGACACUAAUCGAAUGUCUGCUAAUGCUUUGGCCAUUGUGUUUGCACCCUGCAUUCUCCGUUGCCCUGAUACCAUUGACCCACUGCAAAGUGUGCAGGACAUCAGUAAGACUACCACCUGUGUGGAGCUGAUUGUUGUGGAACAAAUGAAUAAAUAUAAGGCUCGUCUCAAAGACAUUAGUAGCCUGGAAUUUGCUGAGAAUAAAGCAAAAACCAGGCUAUCACUGAUUCGUAGAUCAAUGAAACCUGUACUAAUUGCAGUUAGAUUUAUGAGCAUUACCCGCAAUUCAGUCUCGGGCAAGGGGCGUCUUCGUCGAGGAAACUAUCCAUGUCCAUCCUCUCCAGCUGUGGUUCGGUUGCCUUCCAUGUCUGAUGUCACGGAAGAGACCUUGACUAGUGAGGCGGCCCUGGAGACUGACAUCACAGAGCAGCAGCAGGCAGCUAUGCAGCAGGAGGAGAGAGUCCUGACCGAGCAGAUUGAGAAUCUGCAGAAAGAGAAGGAAGAACUAACAUUUGAGAUGCUUGUCCUGGAACCACGUGCCUCUGAUGAUGAAACCCUUGAGUCUGAGGCCUCCAUAGGGACUGCUGAUAGCUCAGAAAAUUUGAAUAUUGAGUCUGAAGGUGCCAUCUCUGAGAAAUCAGAGAGAAGCUUAGCCCUUAUCUCUACGAAGGCAGCUGGCAAGUCUGAACCUUCAAGCAGGUUGCGGAAGCAGCUCAAAAAGCAGCAAGACUCACUGGAUUCAGUGGACUCUUCCGUCUCUUCUUUAUGUUCAUCUGGCACUGCAUCUUCUCAUGGGACCAGAAGACGAUUUCAGAUUUAUUCCAAAUCUCCUUUCUACCGAGCUUCCUCAGCUGGUGAGGCCCUCGGGAUGGAAGGGCCAUCGGGCCAGACCAAAUCCCUAGGAGACAAGCCUCAGUUCAUCAGCAGAGGAACCUUCAACCCUGAAAAGGGCAAACAAAAAUUAAAGAAUGUGAAAAACUCACCUCAGAAAACCAAAGAGACCCCAGAGGGGAUAGUUGUGUCUGGCCGCAGGAAAACUGUGGACCCAGACUGCAGCUCGGCCCAACAGCUAGCUCUCUUUGGGAAUAAUGAGUUUAUGGUCUGAACUGGCAGAUGUGUGUCCCUUAUGGCUACAGAGUGGUAAACACAUCUCACCUUGGGGCUUCAUCACCUGGUCCACAGUAUCCAUCCUGAUUGUGGUCCUGCCUCUUGCCUGAGCAUGCAGCCAAGACCUUGUGUGCUGAGUCCUGGGUGGGCCUCCUGCCAAAGUGGAAAGUCUUCUUUGAAGCCUGCCAGGGACGGUACCAGCUGUGCCUUGGCUGCUGUAUCCAGCUAGAGAUUUCGCUGAACAGAGCGCCCAGGGCCUUGGGAUUUGGGUCAGUUGUGGAGGUCUCUGUAGUUGCCUCUCCUCCUUCCCUUUUUCCCUUCCCAGAGGUGAGUGUGGAACUGGGGGGACAUUGUGGGCUAGAGGGACCCACUGAUUUCUAACAUUUGAAGAAAACAUAUAAACCUUUCUUAACCAUGAAAGCAAAAUCCUUUGGGUUUAUUUUGGGAUAGUUAGGAGCUGGUGUAGAAUAUAAUUUUCUUCCAAGGAUUUGUAAGCAAAAAGCCUAAGCCCUCUAUUUUAAGAUUUUUGAGAAACACUCCAUGUUAUAUUCUGGGGAAAGUAAAAAAAAAAAAAGCAGUUGUCUCCAUCAAGCCAUCAGAGCAUGUUUGAGACCUCUGUGGUUAUCCAACGAAGAAGAGAAGACCUGUUUUGUUUUUCAACGAUGUUUGAUGUCAUAAUAAUCAAUGCUGGUUUAACUCCUGGUUAGUUCCUGCCAAAUGUAUUGCAUGGGCCGAAGUUUGAAUAGCCAUACUGUUCUUAUAUCCCCUGAUCCUAGAAUCAGGUUGCUCUAAUACUUUUUAAAUGUCCCAGAGACAUGGUGAUCCCUAAACAGGAGGGUUUCAUUCUAAUUUAUCCAGGCCUUUCUCUUUGUAUAGAUUAAACUGAAGACCAUAUAUGAACCUGUUCAUCUGCUGGUGGAUUUCCACCACGAGCUCACACAAAUGAUGUGACCACUUAAUCACUUCUCCCCAAGCAUUCACACGGCACUGCAUGAAUAAACAUUACAGGAAGCUGCCAAAAAAGAAAAAAAGAUAAGUUUUUAAUAUGACCCAUCUAGCUUUUAUCUCUUUUUCCUCAGACCAUCAGUAUUAAAUAGAUUUAAAAAAAAAUCAAGGACUACUUGAAGCUAUUUUUGUUAAUAUUCUGGUUACUGAAGUUUACUGUAAAUAUAUAUAUGUAUAGUGUGCAUAUUUCUUUUUAACUUUAUGCUUCCUUCCUCCCCAUAGAGUUUCUUCCCACAGAUUAAGGGCCACUGGAUGCGGUGGUGAGAGCCAGACAUCCCUGGGUUGAGGGAAAAGUCAAACCAUUUUUCUCACCACUGGGUGUCUCCAUGGACCUGAGUUAUAAAAGCAUUUUAAGCUUCUUAGUGUCUGUGGGAUUAGAAGUCUGUUUUUGCUAUUUAUAAUAUAUGGGAAAUGAAACAUGAUACCCUUUCUUGAGAUAAGUAUGUGAAAAUGUUUCUUUUUUAAAGUUACUAAAUGCAUCUUGUCUAACUACCACAUGCACUGUUCUAAAAAAGAGCCUUUACCAUCUGUAACCUGAAUUUUGGUUAUUCUUCCUUUUCAUACUUCUUUGAGAUGAAGUUAUAGAAACCUGAGGACUUUCAUUAAUAAGGCAGAGUCUCUCCUGUUACACAACAGUGAACCUCAUGCCACUGCCUCUGUGGCUGCUGUCGAGCCCCAGAGGCCAGACACAGGUAUCAUCCCAAGUGGCAGCUCCAGGUAGCAGGCGGCUUUCCUCUCCUUGGUGGGGUUCAGAAAUGACCUCGGGAAAAGGAGUCUUUGUCAAUUUCCAGAAUGAUGAUGGUUAGUAACUAAACAUGUUCAAUUUUAUAACCUGCAAACAUCUGUCACCUUGUUCAUGCUGCCUUGAGGAGUAAUAAAGGUAAAUAAGGUCUUAAAAAAUCUGAAUUUCAGAUAAUCUCCCAGAGCAGAACCCAGCCCCUCAUCAUGGCUGUGUCUGCAUGGGUGCCCCAGUCCCUGUGCCAGGCGCAGUCUCUCCCAUUAUUCUUGGGAAGGUGGUUUUCAGCCGAUGUUGAGUACUCCUUUCCACUUGUUCCGGGACAUUGGUUAAAUACCAUACAAAAAAAAGCGAGUACCCCUGUUGAGUAGUUUUCUUUGGCCUAGAGGAAUGGCCUGGGAAACACAUCUUGGCAUAUGGUCUCCCUUCUAAAUCUUUGUGGAGUUUUUGUUUUGUUGCUGUUUUGCAAAAUAAGUUUUUGGCAGUUAAAAAAAAAUAAACUACUCAUAUAGGUCACUUUAUAGGAACCAGGUGAUGGAUGUUAAGAGACUUUAUAAUUUUUUCUCAGGGACCUAAAACCUGAAUUUGGAUAACAUUAAAUAAAUAUUUGUUUUUCAGUUGCUAGAUUUGUGGAUUUCUAGUCUUUUAACAAGCUGUCAGAAUGGAGGGGUGGGGAAAGGGAGCUGCGUGGAAUGCUAAGAAUGGAGAGCAAAGGCGGGACCCUCCCUUUGAAGGAAAGCAUGCUGCUGUUCUCUAGAAUAAUGGGCAUUGUUGGCCUGAAAAAGAUGAAGCCAUAACACUUAACAACUGUCAGAACCAAGUGCUGUCUCUCCUCUCCUCUGAUCUUAACUGGUCAUCUCUGUGGUUCAUGUUAUGUUACCACAGCUGAUGCUGCAUUACAAUCAGUUAUAAUUAAGAUAUUUAAUAUCUGUAUGUGUCAAAUGUGUGUUUUCUAUUUGCUUCUCCUUUGCUCAUUUUCUUUGAUCUCAAAUGCCUCAAAAGAAACCCAUAUGUGGCAGCAUAGAGGCAGCCCCUCAUUUGGAGCCCAUACUCUAAAAUGCAGAGCAUUCUCUUCUUAUCACACAUUCCCAGCCCCAGAUACAGCCUAGAGUUUUAAUUCUCCCCAUUAAAGCCAACGUAUCCCUUAUCAUGGAAAAUGUAAUGGAAGCAGAGAAGUUUAAUUGUAGGGUCAAAGUGUGUAUACACAAAAUGAAGUAAAUAGAGAAAGGAUCCAGGAAGGUGACUUGCUUCCUUUGUAAUGCACUGUGUACUUCCUGCCGUUUUAAUUACUUUGCCACUCUGGGUUUCUGUGAACACAGAGGAGGUAACAGCCCAAUAUGAGCCUUGUGGAGGCAGAGGGACCUGAAUUCAAGGGGUGGGAUAUAAGAGCCCUCCCUCCUCAUGGGAGUUAGUGGAGACUUCUGUCUUCCAUCACAGUAGGGUUGUUUUCACUGUCGAAGAUGGAGGGUCCCAGAAGCACGCAGAAAACAGGACUCCAGCAAGGUUCUGCAGGCCCACUUCAGUGCCUGUGGGCCACAUUUUUCUUUUUUAAACUGUAACUAAGGAAUGUGUACCUUUCACAAGCACUUUGGUGAACAAGAGAGAAAAUAUUCUCAGGAUGUGUUCAAAGCUCAGAGAGUUUUAAUUUUAGAAAGAAACACUCCACUGGCUUUCCUCAUUCUCCUCUCUCAUUUUUCCCCCUCUUGGUCAUUCUGUGUUGACCCACACAGCAUCAUUCUGUGCUGACAGGUAUGUUUGUCUACCCAUAAUUGUGGGACAGCUCCCCAUAAUUCUGUGACAGUUGGCACUGUCCCCCACUACCAUGCUACCCUUGGUAGGUUCCUUGGUGUUUGUGGGAGUCUUUCUUGGGGCUUCCCUGAUGGAUCACAUGGUAAAGAAUCUGCCUGCAAUGUGGGAACCCUGGGUUCGAUCCCUGGGUUGGGAAGAUGCCCUGGAGAAGGGAAUGGCAACUCACCCCAGUAUUCUUGCCUGGAUAAUUCUACGGACAGAGGCUACAGUCCAUGAGGUCUCAAAGAGUCAGACAAGACUGAGUGACUAACACUUUCACUUUUCUUUCUAUGCCCUUAAAAUACUGUUACCCACUUUUCUCUGGAACUGCUCCCACAUCUUAUCUGGUGGUAAAGGGCAAAAUAGUGACGAUGGAGGUGGAUCUAUUAGGUCUUGUUGGUCUCUUGGUUGAAACUGUUGUCAAAAAAGCCCCACCAAGGGGUCCAUCACCUUUCCAGCCAUACUGAAUGUCUAUUUAUCAUCCCUCUUAGGUCAUGUAAAAGUUGCACCUUUGGAACUAAGUAAUUGUAUUUACUAAGGGAAAGGUGUAGACUACAGAUAAGUAUUAUAUUAAUGGAUUUAAAGUAAUUUAUAUAAAUACACUGAGUGUAAAUUUAUAAAAGACUAUCUAUUGUAAAAGGACAUAGCCUGUGAAAUAUAGUAUCAUUUUACUGUUUAACAGAAUAAUUCUAUACAAAGAAUGAUUUGUCUCACCCACAGAACUGAUUACAUUCCUGAUGCAAUCAACAGGCACUUUGUGAUUUCCUUUUUUUUUGGCAGGGGGUGGGGCUGGGGCCAUCAAUUGUAUAAAGUGCAGUUUGUGCCACUCAAAAUAUGCACUGUAUGGCUACACAAGAGCAGUUUGAUGGACAGGUCACUCCAUGGCUCAUUAAAGAACAAAGCUUCCAGAA